AUGGAUCUAAUUUUCGAUGACUAUUUUCAUCCACACAUUCAGCAUAAUUCCUUUGUUAAUACCACAACUGCGAAAGAGGAAAAGGAACAACUAGCACAGAAAGUAGAACAUGUACAGGAGACUCCGUUAGUUGAAGCUCAAACACAACCUAUUGAAGGAUUUAAUAUAACUCCAAGGGUUUUGGGCAAAUUAGAGCAAGCCUACAGUUGGAUUAAGGGUAACCACAUAGCUGGCAUGUCUGGUGAAAAAUCCGGUGAUGUGGACCCGAACAUGGAUAGUUCAUUUGUUUAUCUCGAUAAACUUCUGUGGCACGUCAUCAUCAUCAUCAUCAGCGAAGACGUGUGGCAGAGCCAAACUUCGGCACGAAUGGGUCGACUCGACCAGAGUGAUACCACGGCCUCACAGAAUACCGGCGUGAAACAACCCAACAGUGUUGUAUUUCGCCGUGUGAGGGAGGUUACCGGAGGCCCAAUCACUUCCCGAUCCUUAUUUCCGCAACCCCUAUCCCCAAAAGACCGGCAACGCACUCGUAACUCCUUUGGUGUUACGGGUGUCCAUGCGCGGCGCCGAUUGCUUACCAUCAGGCAACAUUUGCCCAGUGCCCACUUUGUGCGAGUGCGUAAAUUAUCUUAA